AUGAUGAUGAUGAUGAUGAAGAUGAACAAAGCUCCAGAAUCUAUGGAGGAGUUUCUGGAUGUCUUCUCCAAUUUGGGCAAUCUCAAUUUAAAUUACAGCUAUGACGAGGAUGAAGAAAUUAUUUCAGAAUCUUCUCCUUGCAAUAAAACAGUGCCUGGAUUUAACAACAUGGGGAUGACCAUCGUCUACAUUAUCGUGUUUGUUUUCGCCAUCGUAGGUAACAGUGUUGUUGUCUUUGUCGUUUUCAAUAUGAAGAAAAGUAAAACCAGCACUGACAUCUACCUGAUGCACCUGGCGAUUGCAGACCUGCUCUUCUGUCUUACCCUGCCGUUCUGGGCUGUGAAAUGUAAUGCUGGCUGGAUCUUUGGAAACUUCCUGUGCAAACUCCUCUCAGGCUUUCAGGAGGCAUCUGCAUACAGUGGCGUAUUCCUGCUGGCAUCCAUCAGUGUGGACAGAUACUUUGCCAUUGUCAGAGCUACGCGGGUCCUGUCCUCCCAUCACCUGUUGGUCAAAGUUAUUUGCAGUAUUGUGUGGCUGGUGGCUGUAAUGUUGUCCUUACCUGUGGUAAUUAAGAGGGAGAGCAUAGAUACUGAAUUUGGAGUGUCCAUUUGCUUUGAAAACGUUACUGGUGAAAGCAGCGAUCACUGGCGAGUGACUCUACGCGUUCUGCGGCAUACACUGGGCUUCUUCCUGCCUCUGGUGGUCAUGGCUGUCUGCUAUGGCUGGACUGUGGUGACUUUGUUUCACACACGCAACCAACAAAAGCACAAAGCUAUGCGUGUCAUCUUGGCCAUUGUGCUGGCAUUCAUUCUGUGCUGGCUGCCUUAUAAUGUCACUGUACUGAUUGACACACUCAUACAGGGAGGAUCUCUGGAACUGACUACAUGUGAAACUCAUUACACAGUGAUUGCCAUGCUGAGUGUCACCGAAAUUCUGGCCUUCAUGCACUGUGCAGUGAAUCCGGUGCUGUACGCCUUUGUUGGGCAGAAGUUCCGUAACCAGCUGCUCUCAGCUCUUUACAGACACGGCCUCAUCAGCAAGAGGCUCCAGAUGGCUUACAGGAAGGGCUCUGCUGGCAGUGUAGGCAGCUUAAGAUCCAGAAACACCUCAGUCACAAUGUAAAAAAGCCCUGAUGGAUGAUUAUUUACAGGCUCAGAUGGUGGUCAUUUUUAAAAAUGCAUCUUCAACUGGUCAAAUGUCCUCAAAGUGCAAUGUACUAAAGAUCUAGAAAGUACAUUGAUGCAAACCACAUACACACCAUCAGCCCUAAAUAGCAAAUUCAGAGAAAGUAAUAACUAGACAUGUCACGUUUUUUUACUCCAUAACUGCUUUUGCAAGUCGUGUGAAUUUCCAGGAACAGAUAUCGGGGGAGCGAAUUGUCUUUUUCUUUCUUUUGCUGAGAUUGAAAAGGUAGCAGAAAGCAGCAUCGCUUGGCUUAAGAUAAAAUAGAAAACAGGAGAAAACAUCUGUGUAGAACAAAAUCUGGUGGUAAAAAUAGUAAUAUGCAGAUGUUUCUGGAUGUUAGCAUUUCACACAGCCAGUUCAGCUGUUUCCUUUGGUUAACAGGAGGAUUUUGUUUUCUAAAUAACUGGUCAGUAUUUCUCAGUUUAACUCAUUCCAUUCUAUUGCUAGAAUUUCCAAACAACACCCAAAAUGAACUUGGUUCAUUAGUAACAAUGUUGCUACCAGAUUUGAAAUAAAAUAGUGAGUUCAGUGCCUCACCUGGAUCUCUCGUGGUGUAACUUUUGAAGUAUUAUUUCAGCACGAACAUUGAUUACUGAAUCUAAGCAGUGAGAAUUCAGAGAAAAAGAACGCAGGUGUUCAAGUUAAAAAGAGAAUCAGAUAACAUGGUUAGCACUGUCAUAUAGCAAGAGAGUUCUGAGAAAGAAAGU